CGGCGUCCCGGCCGCGCCCCGCCCCUGGCCGCUCGUCGCCAGGGGCCGCUCGCGGGCCCAGUCUCCUAGGCAACCAGGCGCUCCGCCCCUCCGCCCCUUUAACCUUUAGGGUGCGCGGGGCCGCGUCCUGUGCUCGCUCCCUUCUCCCCUCCCCUCCCGACCUUCGCCGGGGCUGUCCCGGCCGGAAGCGAAGAUGGCGGCGGCGGCGGGCGCGGCGUCAGCCGAGCUGGUGAUCGGCUGGUGCAUCUUCGGCCUCCUGCUCCUGGCUAUUUUGGCAUUCUGCUGGGUAUAUGUUCGUAAAUAUCAAAGUCAGCGGGAAAGUGAAGUUGUCUCCACCAUAACAGCGAUCUUUUCUCUGGCGAUUGCUCUUAUCACAUCAGCACUUCUACCAGUGGAUAUAUUUUUGGUUUCCUACAUGAAAAACCAAAAUGGUACAUUUAAGGAGUGGGCCAAUGCUAAUGUCAGCAGACGGAUCGAGGACACCGUAUUGUACGGUUACUACACCUUAUAUUCUGUCAUAUUAUUCUGUGUGUUCUUAUGGAUCCCUUUUGUCUACUUCUACUAUGAAGAAAAGGAUGACGAUGACACUGGGAAAUGCACUCAAAUUAAAACGGCAUUCAAGUAUACUUUCGGAUUUGUUGUGAUUUGUGCACUACUUCUUUUAGUUGGUGCUUUUGUUCCAUUGAAUCUUCCUGAUAACAAAAAUUCUACAGAGUGGGAAAAGGUGAAGUUCCUGUUUGAAGAACUUGGAAGUAGUCAUGGUUUAGCUGCCUUGUCAUUUUCCAUUAGUUCUCUGACCUUGAUUGGAAUGUUGGCAGCUAUAAUCUACACAGCCUAUGGCAUGUCAGCAUUACCUUUAAAUCUGAUAAAAGGCACUAGAAGCGCUGCUUACGAACGUCUAGAAAACACUGAAGACAUUGAAGAAGUGGAGCAGCACAUCCAAGCGAUUAAAUCAAAGAGCAAAGAUGGUCGACCUUUGCCAGCAAGGGAUAAACGCGCCUUAAAACAAUUUGAAGAAAGGUUACGAACACUUAGGAAAAGAGAGAGGCACUUAGAAUUCAUUGAAAAUAGCUGGUGGACUAAAUUCUGUGGUGCUCUGCGUCCCCUGAAGAUCAUUUGGGGAAUAUUUUUCAUCUUAGUUGCAUUGCUGUUUAUAAUUUCUCUCUUCCUGUCCAAUUUGGAUAAAGCUCUCCAUUCAGCUGGAAUAGAUUCUGGUUUCAUAAUUUUUGGAGCUAACCUGAGUAAUCCACUGAAUAUGCUUUUGCCUGUACUACAAACAGUGUUUCCUCUUGAUUAUGUUCUUAUAACAAUUAUUAUUAUGUACUUUAUUUUUACUUCAAUGGCGGGGAUUCGAAAUAUUGGCAUAUGGUUCUUUUGGAUUAGACUGUAUAAGAUCAGAAGGGGUAGAACCAGGCCCCAGGCGCUCCUGUUUCUCUGCAUGAUACUACUGCUUAUCGUCCUUCACACUAGCUACAUGAUUUACAGCCUCGCUCCCCAGUACGUUAUGUACGGAAGCCAAAACUACCUAAUAGAGAGCAAUAUAACUUAUGAUGCCCAUAAAGGCAAUUCAACCCUUUCUGUGCCAAAGAGAUGUGAUGCAGAUGCCCCUGAAGAUCAGUGUACUGUCACCCGGACCUACCUGUUCCUUCACAAGUUCUGGUUCUUUAGUGCCGCCUACUACUUUGGUAACUGGGCCUUUCUUGGGGUGUUUGUGAUUGGGUUGAUUGUCUCCUGCUGUAAAGGGAAGAAGUCGGUCAUUGAAGGGGUAGAUGAGGAUGACUCAGACCUGAGUGAUGAGGAGCCCUCUGUCUACUCUGUCUGACGGCCUCUGUUGCACAGGUUUACUAAGCUGACUCUGCAUCUCUGGUGCAUUUGUAAAGUGUCAAGCUAACAUUAGCAUGAACUGACUAGCUUUCAUCAAAAAUGGGAGCAUGGCUAUUCAAAAAAAAAACUAUAUUUUUUAUGUUUUCUGAAGUAACAUUAUUGUAUCAUAGAUUAACAUUUUAAAUUGCUAUAAUAAUACUAUGUAAAUAUAAAAGUACCAGCCUUGUGAGGGAAUGUUUGUGGAAAUUUUUUUUUCCUCUAGUGUAUAAUAGUGUUGAAUUGAUUAAAAAUCCUCCAGAAUUAA